UCUCUGACUAAGGCCAACAUUAUUUUUGUUGUGUAGACCGCAGCCGUGUGCGUGCCUACCUGCGGGUUUGCUUGGGAUAUCAAACUUAAGAGUGUGUGGAGUUGGACCAUCUUUUCAUUUAAAGCUUAAAAUUGAGAGAGUUUGUCCAGAACAAGCAGAUAGACAGGAAGAAACUCGGAAACUCAGGGCUCGUGCGAGGAGCGGCCUGCAGCAUGUCUGGAUCUAUACCGUUCUACCAGAAGCACCAUCUCCACUAUGACCGCGGCUACCGUAGCAAGGAGACUCAGUCUAAAGUGAGUCAGUACCAGGCCAGCAGCAGAUACAGUGCUAGCGGCAGCGCCUCUGCCGCCACCAGGAGCAGGGGACUUAACGUGUCUUCGCGCUCUGGCCUGGAGGAGAGCAGACUAAGCCCCUCACCCAAGAGAGCCAAGCCAACUUACUUGGCUGUGGAUAAAGACAACCAAAUCAUCGGCUAUGUAGUGCCUAUCUUCAGGGGCAGUCAAGAGUUUGCUACAGGACUUUCAGAUACAGAGGAAGCAAGAGUGAGAGACACUGCUGCAUACAUGGCCCGCAGGAAUUUGUUCACCAGUGGUCUGGAGAUGGAGAGGUCUGAGCUCAUCUCCAGGAAGGAGACCAUGCGCGAGUCAGCUGAACGCAUCACUCUGAAUAAAAGGAUCCAUGAACACGAGGAACACUUCAAGCGUAUGAACGAAGACAGCCUGAUGCACGCCCCAGAGUUUGUGAUUAAACCUCGCUCCCACACUGUGUGGGAGAAACAGUGUGUGCGGCUGCACUGCACUGUCAGUGGGUGGCCCGACCCACGGGUCGUCUGGUACAAAAACAAUGUAGCGCUUGACCCGCUUGCCAACCCUGGCAAGUACAAAAUUGAGAGCAGAUACAGCGUGCACUCACUGGAGAUUAACAAAUGUGAUUUUGAUGAUACAGCUCAGUAUCGUGUCUCUGCCAUGAACGCCCAGGGAGAGCUGUCUGCAUUUGCCUCCGUUGUUGUCAAGAGGUUCAAAGGUGAAAUUGAUGAGUUCCUGCCAGCACCCAGGCGGGCCAUUACUGAAGUUGGCCCAGUGUCCGAGUACGGCAUCACCUUCCAGACUCACAUUGUUGAUAAAUUCGGUGUGUCGUUUGGAAGGGAGGGUGAGACCAUGAGUCUGGGGUGUACAGUCAUCAUCUACCCUGCCCUGCAUCGCUACCAGCCAGAGGUGGAGUGGUACAGAGAUGAUGUUCUGCUGUCUCCCUCCAAAUGGACUCACAUGCACUGGAGUGGAGAUCGAGCCACCCUGACACUCACACACCUGAACAAAGAGGACGAGGGCCUCUACACCCUGCGCGUCACCACCAAGUCUGGAUAUGAGACCUACUCAGCCUACGUCUUUGUCAGAGAUGCUGAUGCUGAGGUCGAAGGAGCUCCUGCAGCCCCUCUGGAUGUGCGCUGUCUGGAUGCCAACAAGGAUUAUAUUAUUGUUGCAUGGAAGCAGCCAGCUGUGGAUGGUGGCAGCUCCAUCCUGGGCUACUUUGUGGACAGGUGUGAGGUUGGAACCACCCACUGGAUUCAAUGCAAUGACACCCCGGUGAAGUUUGCCCGAUUCCCCGUCACUGGUUUGGUCGAGGGGCGCUCUUAUAUCUUCCGUGUGCGUGCUGUAAACAAAAGUGGCAUAAGCCGCCCAUCCAGAGUCUCGGAGCCGGUGGCUGCAAUGGACCCAGCUGACCGCGCCCGCAUGAGAGGUACUUCUGCUCCCUGGACUGGCCAAAUCAUUGUCACGGAGGAGGAGCCUGCAGAGGGCAUUGUUCCCGGCAAACCCCUUGAUCUGCAGGUGACAGAGGCAACCAAAAACUAUGUGGUGUUGAGCUGGAAGCCACCCGGAGAGAAAGGCCUUGAGGGUGUCAUGUACUAUGUGGAAAAGUGUGUUUCCGGUACAGACAGCUGGCAGAGGGUGAACACGGAGAUCCCAGUAAAGUCUCCUCGCUUUGCGCUGUUUGAUCUCGCAGAGGGAAAAGCCUACCGCUUCCGUGUCCGCUGCUGCAAUUCUGCCGGUGUUGGCGAGCCAUCUGACCCGACUGAGGCCACCACAGUUGGAGACAAGCUUGAUAUCCCAUCUGCCCCAGGAAAGGUUAUUCCCACCAGAAACACGGACACAUCAGUUGUUGUGUCCUGGGAAGCGUCUCGCGAUGCCAAAGAAUUAGUGGGAUACUACAUCGAGGGCAGCAUUGUGGGCAGCAACGUGUGGGAGCCGUGCAACAACAAGCCCGUGAAUGUCACCAGGUUCAUCUGCCACGGUCUGAUCACAGGAGAGAAGUACGUGUUCAGGGUGAGGGCAGUGAAUGCUGCAGGGAUCAGCCAGUUCUCCCAGGAGUCAGAGGCUGUGGAGGUGAAGGCUGCUAUUGCCUCUCCCGCUCCACCCUAUGGCAUCACCGUCCUGGAGUGCGUGCGCGACUCCAUGGUGCUGGCCUGGAAACAGCCAACUUUCAUCGGAGGCGCUGACAUCACCGGUUACUUUGUGGAUUACCGUGAGGUCAUCGAUGGCGUGCCGGGAAAGUGGCACGAGGCCAACAUCAAGGCUGUCAGCGAGAGGGCCUACAGGGUGUCUGAUCUGAAGGAGAAUAAGAAGUACCAGUUCCAGGUGCGAGCAGCCAACAUGGCUGGUGUCGGCAUCCCGUCACUGCCCAGUAAUACCUUCCUGUGUGAAGAAUGGACCAUUGCUGUGCCAGGACCUCCAUAUGAUCUGCAGAUUAGAGAGGUGCGGAACGACUCUCUGGUAUUGCUAUGGAAACCACCUGUGUACCAGGGCCGCGAUCCUGUCAACGGGUUCUACGUUGACAUCAAGGAAGCAGAUGCACCGGAGGAGGCGUGGAGAGGAGUCAACACCAAAGCCUUAGAAAAGACAUAUACAAAGAUUAAGGAUCUUAAGGAGGGAGAGAAGUAUGUGUUCCGUGUGCGCGCUCAGAAUAAAGCUGGAGUAGGAAAAGUCUCAGAUGUGACAGAGCCGGUCCCCGCUCUGACCAAACCAGGCACGAAAGAGAUAGUCGUAGAUGUCGAUGACGACGGUGUCAUCUCCCUGAACUUUGAAUGCGGCAACAUGACCCCCGACUCCAAAUUUGUGUGGUCCAAAAACUACGAGGAAAUCACAGACACCUCCCGCCUGUCCACAGAGACCAAGGGAACCAAGUCUAAAGUUGUUUUCAAUCGUCCCGGGGAGGAGGACAUUGGCGUUUACUCAUGUCUUGUCACUCACACUGACGGUGCUUCCUCCAGCUACACUCUCUCUGAGGAAGAGUUAAAGAGGCUGCUGGAGAUCAGUCAUGACCACAAAUUCCCCAUUAUUCCUCUGAAGUCAGAUCUAGCUGUGGAGCUGCUGGAAAAGGGCCGAGUUCGCUUUUGGCUGCAGGCGGAGAAGAUGUCCAAUAACGGCAAAGUCGAUUAUGUUUUCAAUGAUAAUGUUGUCUCUCAGGGGGAGAAAUAUAAGAUGAACUUUGACAAGAACACCGGUGUGAUUGAGAUGACCAUGGAGUCUCUGACCCCGGCGGAUGAGGGCACGUACACCUUCCAGCUGCAGGAUGGAAAAGCUACCAACCAGUCCAGCUUGGUACUGAUAGGGGAUGUGUUCAAGCAGCUGCAGAAGGAAUCAGAGUUCCAGAGAAAGGAGUAUUUCAGAAAACAAGGCCCUCACUUUAUCGAGUACUUGAGUUGGGAAGUGACACCAGAAUGCUGCGUUGUACUCAAAUGCAAAGUGGGCAACAUGAAGAAGGAGACCUCUGCACUGUGGCACAAAGACAGACACCAGAUCAAAGUGGACGAGCACCUCGGCUUUGCAGAGGGAGUGCUGAAACUGGAAAUUGCUCAGAUUUCCAAGAAGGAUGCUGGUGUGUAUGAGGUGAUUCUGAAGGAUGACAGAGGACAGGACACAUCCACGCUGAAUCUGACAGACCAAGGUUUCAAAGACUUGAUGAAUGAAGUUUUCAGUGUUAUCGCCAAUUCCUCCACUCCACUGAAGAUCACAAGCACAGAUGAGGGCAUCAGACUCUACACCUUUGUCAGCUACUAUAACGACUUGCUCCAAGUCACAUGGCACUACAAGGAUUCAGCUAUCGCCUUUUCUGACCGCAUAAAGAGCGGCGUGGUCGGGGAGCAGCUGUGGCUUCAGAUAAAAGAGCCCACAGAGAAAGACAUGGGCAAAUAUGCCAUCGAGUUUUACGAUGGAAAAGGUGGCCUCAGGAGGACCGUUGACCUCUCUGGUCAAGCAUUUGAUGAUGCUUUUGCAGAAUUCCAGAGACUCAAAGCUGCUGCUAUUGCAGAGAGAAAUCGUGCUCGAGUAGCAGGAGGCCUCCCUGAUGUGGUCACCAUACAAGAGGGCAAGGCUCUCAAUCUCACCUGCAACAUCUCGGGCAACCCCGUGCCAGAGGUCACCUGGCUGAAGAACGACAGAGAGAUCACGUCUGAUGAGCACUGCAUCCUGAAGUUCGAGUCGGGCAAGUUCGCCAGUUUCACCAUCACCGGCGUGAACACGUCAGACUCGGGCAAGUACAGCAUCCUGGUGAAGAACAAGUACGGCACAGAGAGCGGGGACUUCACCGUAAGUGUGUUCAUCCCUGAAGAGGCGGGCAGCAAGAAAAAAUAAAAGCGGUCCAAAUCUUGUCGUAAAUAUGUAAAAAUGAUGCGUACUGGAAAAAGUUAAAAAGAAAAAAGGAUUAAAAAAAGAGGUGGUGUUUGAUGGUUUGUGUAGAAAUCAGUCAAAUAAACUCCCGAGGUGCUGAAACUGAACACGAAAAAAGUACAAAGAAAAGAGUUACUUAAGAUUAUGAUUAAUACUGUAUGUGAACAUUUGGUCCAACAAAUCUCACUGAAAAUCUGAAGCUUAUUUGUGGCUGCCACUAUGAAAAAAAUGUCACGGUUAGUUUGGAAUGUCUAUUAAAAACAUACAUGUUUUUACAUUUGCUACAAAUUAUGUGGAUUUCCCAGCAAACCUGACAAGAUAAGUAUUUCAGACUGAGUGCAUCUGUCAGAUUUACUGAAACCUUUAGUUUGUGUCGUUAAAUGGUGGGAAAAAUCUCACAGAGACGCCACAAAUUUCAAUUCUAUAUUGCUCAACCUGCAAGAAAUAAACUAGUUAAGACAGACGUGCCGGGGUUUAUUCCGAUGGUGUGCUUUGAAAGUAAAUAUAAUUUGCAGCAAAACAGUUAAAAAUGUGCGUUUCAGUGAGAUUUUAAACUUAUGUGUGUUCCACUUUAUUCACAUUCACUCUAAAGGUUAUCUUCUGUGGAGAACAGUGCAAGUCAGCUCACUGUCUACUCACUAUUAUUUAUAUAACACACCAUUUUCCCCAGCCCAUAAUUAGUAAUUAUCCUGGAUGUUGAUGCAGUGAAAACUGUGAGGUCACUGUUAAUACCAACAACAGUGGUUAUUGUUUCUCUUCCUUUUCCCGUUUUUUGAUGAGACUAAUAAAAACAGCAUGUAUUUCCCCACCUCC